UUUUUCAUGAUUUUACGUUUUAGAAAAACAACUUCUGAUUGAUUUUCUGACCGUACAAAAAACCUGGGAUGUUUAUUAAUAGAGUGAUAAAUUGGCACAUAUCAGUGACCGCGUUCAGUAGAAUUCAACGCUUUGUGCUUAUUGUCUUUGAUUGGUUUCUUCCUCUAGAUCUGUUUUGCAAAUAUGAAUAAAUGCCAAUGAUAAACAAUAAUUGCAAAGUGCUUACCAUAUGCUCGGUUCUACCGAACACACGGCCAUUGAGCGCAUCUGAUGUAUCUAUAUAACUAUACACGUUUCAGUUUGUUUCAAUUGGUUGAAUUGAUUUCAAUGUAUUCAUUUUACCAUACGUUAGAUUUUCCUUCGAAUUUUUGUUCCCCGUGAGAAGAAAUGGCAUCCGAUCCUGAAACAAGUCAAUAUGUCGGUGAUCAUAAUCUCAAUGAGAGAGGUGACUACAACAACAUAUCAACAAAACAAAAAAUAAUUAUCAAGGAAUUUAAAGAUAAUAUAGCAUUAGAUGUUCAAUCUGCAACUCAAUAUGUAUCAUUGGGUGUACAUUCACCAUUUGCUUACAAUGCAGAAAAUACUGGAUGUAAUGUGGACUCCAAUAGUCAAAAUAAGGAGAGCAACGCAGUGACUAGUCAGCCAGAUAAAGAGAAAAGAGAAUAUGAUCCUACUAUUGAUGAAAGAUUGCCAGAAACUGUGACAUUAUUGACAACUCCAGAUGGAGGAAAAUUAUACUUAGUAGGAACAGCGCAUUUUAGUGUUGAGAGUCAAAAUGAUGUGUCUAUGAUUAUACAAGCUGUGCAGCCUCACAUAGUUGUGGUUGAACUAUGCAGGGCCAGACUCGGCAUAUUGCAACUUGAUGAGAAGGUUAUGUUUCGUUAUGCUCAAGACAUCGAUUAUAAAACUAUUAUGGAUAUUAUUAAGAAGGAAGGAGCCUACAAUGGUUUGUUGCACAUCUUGUUGCUGAGAAUGGCAUCUCAUGUUGCCAAACAGCUUGGGAUGCCACCAGGUGGUGAAUUUCGAAGAGCAUUUGAGGAGGCGAAAUGUGUACCAAAUUGUAUUGUUCAUCUGGCUGACAGACCGUUCAACAUAACAAUGAAACGCGCGAUACGAUUGUUGUCUUGGUGGCAAACUAUAAAGUUAGGGUGGCAUCUGAUCACAAUGAAUGUCCCUAUUACUCAAAAAGACGUUGAACUUUGUAAGCAACGAUCAACGCUGCAAACAAUGAUUACUAGCUUACAACAGGAAUUUCCGGUGUUAGGGGAAGUAUUCAUUAAAGAGAGAGAUAUAUAUUUGACGAAUUCCUUGCAGUUAGCCUGUUUACCUCAUCGCACUUCUAAUCAUACCGUUGAACCUACUCGAGUUGUGGGAAUAGUAGGUUUAGGACAUACGCCCGGUAUUAUUAAACAUUGGGGCAAAGUCAAGCCUACUGAUAUAGCACCUAUUAUGAGUAUACCAUCGCCGUCAUUAUCGGGCAGAAUAUUGAAGCUGACUGUUAAGGCAUCUGUGCUCGGUGCUAUAAUUUAUAUAAGCUAUAAGGUUGCAGCUGUACCUGUUACUUUCACGUUCCAAUCUAUCAAGUCAUCGGUCGAGGGACUUCUAAAGAGUCUCACAGAUCUCCUUGGGUUGUUUUGUUGGAAAUAUGACUGAGGUAAGCGCGGAAGCAACUGCUUCUGCUGACGAGUACGAACAUA